AAACAAGAGUUAAAUUAAUAUAUUUGAAUUGUAUUUUAUUCUGAGAUCUGGUCACUGGCAAAUUGUGUAGUCAGAAAAUGGCUGAACAAGCCUGCUCGCGAGUCUCAGGCUCUGUUGAUGUACAUUUUAUCGAUGCUCUCGCUUAUAACGCCUUUCCGAAAAUAUGAAUUCGGCAUUUGAUCGCUUAAUUUGUAGCAAGUUUUAAAUACAACAUGGCAGCUGCAAAAGUGUCGCAAUUUCAAAGUCUUUUUACGUCGUGUACGGAGUUUUUCUUUCUGGCAAGUGAGCCACUGGCUGCUCAGUUGUGCUUUCUGGGAGCAAAAAACACCGCGAAAAUACGAACGUGCACAAUGCCAUUCAUUCAUUCAUUCAUUCAUUCAUUCAUUCGCAGGCAUACAUCAAUAUCAUGAUUAUAGACCGCUUAAAAGUUAAUAUAGUUUUCUAUUUUUUGAAACUGAACUGCGGGACUUUAAAGAAAAUCAAACUUCUGCUUUUGAUGAUUACAGUUGAUGUCGAGUGACGUGCGAUUUACUUCAAAAUGUUUGUUGUUAUUACAUGUCAUGUUUCCCAUAUCUACUACAGCGCAUUCAUGAUGAGUUAUUCAGAAAAGCCUGAUGUUACAAAGGAGGAAUGGAUGGAUAAGCUGAAUAACGUGCACAUUCAGAGGGCGGAUAUGAACAGGCUCAUCAUGAACUAUCUUGUAACGGAGGGCUUUAAAGAGGCUGCAGAGAAAUUCCGUAUGGAAUCUGGGAUUGAACCAAAUGUGGAUCUGGACUCUCUGGAUGAGAGGAUAAAGAUCAGAGAGAUGGUUCUGAAAGGUCAGAUCCAGGAAGCCAUUGCACUCAUUAACAGCCUCCACCCAGAGCUCCUUGACACCAAUCGAUACCUCUACUUUCACCUUCAGCAGCAUCUGAUUGAGCUGAUCCGUCUGCGGGAGACUGAGGCAGCGCUGGAGUUUGCACAGUCGCAGCUGGCUGAACAGGGGGAGGAGAGCAGAGAAUGUCUUACUGAGAUGGAGCGGACCUUGGCACUACUCGCUUUUGACAACCCUGAAGGAUCUCCAUUUGGAGACCUGCUCAACACGAUGCAGAGGCAAAAGGUGUGGAGUGAAGUGAACCAGGCUGUUCUAGAUUAUGAGAACAGGGAAUCUACUCCGAAAUUAGCAAAGCUACUGAAGCUCUUACUGUGGGCUCAGAAUGAACUGGACCAGAAAAAAGUGAAAUACUCCAGAAUGACAGACCUCAGCAAGGGCACCAUUGAGGGCUCCAAGUAGAGACUGUAAUCUACCCACAAGGACACAUUUAUUCCUAUUAUAAACAGUCAGUGACUGGAUGGGAAAUACGUAUAUAUCUAUAUAUAAUGGCUUUUUCUUUAUGCCUCUAUAAAAAAAUAACUUAAGCAACUGUAUAUGAUAUUAUUUCAAACAGAACAUUACUGAAACACUAAGCCUACAUUUUUAUGUAGGUAGCCUAUUUUCUGAAGAACAGAAUAUUCAAAUGAUUUUUUUUUUUUUGCUACUAAUUCAAUGUGAGAUGAUCUGUGCUUCCAGUAUUGAUUUUUGUCCUUUGAGUUUUUCCAUACGCAUUUGUUUAUACAAUACCUUCAUGCUGAAAUUGUGCUGUUAUUUGAAGACAAAUGGGCAAUACAAGCUACUGGUCGAAAGAAAAAGUCUUCAGAUUUAACAUUUGUUAAACUAGAGAUGGGGAUAUAAUUUGUGGCUGAAAAUGCCAGACAACUUUUCAGAAAACAUUGCAAAAUGUAUUUUUUUUUUUAAACUUUAAAGUUUUCCAUUAAUUUUUUUUUAUUAUUAUUUAAUGAUGUGCACUCUCAAAGCUUGGUAGGUUUUUAUUUAUUAAUUUGAGUAGUUCCAUCAUUAUCAAGAAUCCAACAAUAUUUUGUAUUUUGUUUAUGAGUAGAGACAGAUGCUGGUAAUGUCAAAUGAUAAGCUGUUUUAAUUUAAAAUACAAAUAUUGCUAAUGCUAUUGUUACUACAUACCUAUAUUAGGUUCACAUUUUGCACUGCCUGUUUGUGAUAAAGUUGAUUUCUCAAUAGACUUUUUGAAUUUAUUCACCAACAUCUACAUUUCACAAGGUCAAAUCUCAAAAUUCCAUUGUGAUCCUUUUGAUACACAAUAAUAACUUGUUUUACUGUGGUCUUGUGUUAGCGAUUUUACAACAUUGACCACAUUUCUUUUGGUCCAUUUAUGUUGCUUUCAAUUGAAAUUAAAAAACAAAAUAUAAUUUAUGCUUUGAAUUUUGGGUUUUCAUUUAAAAAAAAGAUAAAUUGUUAAUUAUCGCCAAAAUAAAAAAAAAGAUGGUUAUAUUGUAGUAACCAUGACUGUAGUAACCAUGUUGAAAAAAGCAUGGUUUGCAGUUGAACCAAAGUAACCACAAAAUAAUGUUUAUUACCAUAAUUUUUCUCCCCUGUAAUAUUACUAUGGUUUCACUACAGAUAUCAUGGUUAAAAUAUGUUUGUUGUCGUAAAACCAUGGUCAAUUUUAAGGUUAUGAUAUUACCAUAGUUUAACUCAAGUUACUACAGUAACACCAUGGUUAUAGAUUUGUUAUGAAAAAUGUUUAAUCUGGCUCACAUUGACUGAUCUGAUCAUAAUUUUAAGUCAUUAGUUUAUACAAAACUUGAGAUGUCAUGAUAAAUGUGAUUGAAAUAAACCAUAAAUGAUG